AAGUAGUCAGUAGUCAGCAUCACAACGUAUUUAGUUUCACUAUUGGUUCUUUUGAACUAUUGUGUGAACUAUUUACAUUUUGAGAUUUAACAGUGACAUUUUAUUAAUUUUUAUUCCAAACCGGAAUUUUUUUCAUCCUUUAAGUUGUCCAUUACGGAGUCUGCACCAAUGACCUCAAACAGAACGUGAAUUUAUCAGUGUCACACUCGUCAACUGUCGAUUCACCCGGACCGAUCAAAAUCCAUUUCCGACUCGAGUGACACAAACGGGUGUUUCGGAUCAUGGAAAUGUUAAUGCACGAGGCAUCCAAAGGACCGGAUGAAAAUGAAAAUUCGAAAUGUUGCAGACCAUAUCAAGACCAAAAACCAAACGAUGAAAAAGUGGAAAUUAUGACUGAAAAACAUCAUCCUCAUCUUACAUUAAGUAAGAAAGAUGUUAAUAUGGACAUUACUUUUGAAAAUAUCACGUACAACGUUUCCUUGGGAUUUAGGAAAGGAACAAAAGAAAUUUUACACAGCAUCAAUGGCAGACUGCCAGGGAAACAACUUAUUGCCAUUAUGGGACCUUCUGGAGCCGGAAAAUCCACAUUACUCGAUGUUCUUUCCGGAUAUCGAAUAACGGGCGUCGAAGGCACUGUCUACGUUAAUGGAAGGGUCCGAGACUUGAAUGAAUUUAGAAGAUCUAGUGCAUAUAUCACACAGGAUGAUAGGUUGCAACCUUUAUUGACUGUCAAAGAAAAUAUGAAAGUAGCUGCUGAUCUCAAAUUGGGAACGGACACUCCAGAGCAAGAAAAGAAAAAGAUAAUAGAAGAAAUCUUAACCACCCUAGGCUUGAAAGGACACUUAAAAACUAAAGCAGAAAGACUGAGUGGAGGUCAGAAAAAGCGAUUAUCCAUUGCGUUGGAGCUGGUCAACAACCCGACUGUAAUGUUUCUGGACGAACCAACUACGGGUCUUGACAGUUCGUCUUGUACGCAAGUCGUUAAUUUGCUGAAACUUCUUGCUCGUCAAGGAAAAACAAUCGUGUGCACGAUUCAUCAACCAAGUGCCUCUCUUUUCCAAAUAUUCGAUCAGGUUUACGUAUUGUCGGGAGGAGAAUGUUUAUACCAAGGAGCGGUUGAUCAAUUAGUUCCAUAUUUGGAAAGCGUCAAACUUCCCUGUCCUAUGUAUCACAAUCCUGCCGAUUAUGUGAUUGAACUGGCUUGUGGAGAAUAUGGAGAAGACAAAAUUGAACCUCUAGUUGCUGGAACCGAAAAUGGAAGAAGUUUGCAGUGGUUCGACAAGUCCCUCAAUUUAUUAGAUCAAAGGGCACUACGAGGUGCAUAUUCGAGAAAGGAGGCUUGUCCUAAUGGAAAUAGUGAUGUUCAAGAUAUUAAAUCUAAAAAAGAAUCGGGAAAGAGUUUACAAGCAACGUCCCAAUUGCAUCAACUAAAAGUUCUUCUCAUGAGGGGUUUCAUUAAAGUCAAAAGAGAUCCGACUCUAACACAUUUGAGGAUAAUAGUGAAUAUCUGCACAGGAAUCAUGCUUGGUUCACUUUUUAUUCAAGCAGGAAACGAUGGGUAUCGAGUGCUUGAAAAUUAUAAUCUUCUUUUCGGAAUUUUAAUGCAUCACAUGAUGACUACAAUGAUGCUGACCAUUUUAACAUUCCCCACUGAAAUGAGCAUUCUGCAGAAGGAACACUUCAACCGUUGGUACAGUUUGAAGGCUUUCUACAUUUCAGUGACUAUAGUCGACAUUCCAGUUUCUGUACUUUGCUGUACGUUAUUUUCCUUUAUUGUAUAUUUCAUGUCGGCUCAGCCAGCAGACGUUACGAGAUUUGCCAUGUUUUUCACGAUAAGCUUACUUGUGUCUUUCGUUGCCCAGAGCUUUGGGCUCAUGAUUGGAGCAGUAUUUAAUGUAGUGAAUGGAACAUUUUUGGGACCGACUAUUUCGGUGCCAAUGAUGAUGUUCGCCGGCUUUGGGGUAACUUUGCGUGAUAUGCCAGCAUUUUUAAAAUGGGGUACCUACGUUAGUUACUUACGAUACGGAUUAGAAGGGUACGUAAACGCGAUUUAUGGACUCAAUCGGAAGACACUCGCCUGCAAGGAAUUCUACUGCCAUUACAGAAAACCGAAAAUAUUCCUCAAUGAAAUUGCCAUGAGGGACGAUCAAUUCUGGAACGAUGUAAUUGCUCUUACUGUGAUACUUUUAAUUACACGUGUCCUAGCCUAUAUUCUUUUGCGAUGGAAACUUAUGGCUACAAGAUAAAAAAAGCUUAUUACGCACAUGUCAAAUUCAUCGGAAAAAAAUACUCGAACGUUUGAUUUCUUCACGUCUGAUUAGAACUUAUCUAUGAAAAAACUCCCGAAUUCUGUAAUGCAGAUCUUAUUUUUAGGAUCAUAGAUCAGAAAUGAAGCAAUUGAUAUACAAGACUUAAAGUUACUUCAAAA